UUCAGACCGGACAGGCAUUGAAGUUUGUCUCUUUAGAUCAGCAAGUCAGCUAGUGAGUCUGAACCUCUAUUGAUCUUCGGGUACGCUUUGAGGCGGCCUCCCUGGACCCUGUUGGACACUCUCGGACAAGCACUAUCAUGGGGAAUCCUGACGCCUUUCCUCCCUGUCCUAGCCCAUUACUCGACCUGCCCAGUGAAAUCCGCAAUCAGAUCUGGAGUCUUACCUUUGCAGAACAGGCGUUAGUACCUUCCAAGAGCCACCAGAAUUUACAACAGGAUGGGUGUGUGGGUUGUCUUAAACACGACCAAGUGAAUCCUUUGCCUUGGGCGGAGGUCUUUGAACCUCUCCUGACAUGUCGUCAGAUCUAUGCGGAAGCAUUCCAAAUCUUCAUCUCAUCCUUCACCUUGCACCUCAAUGAAUGUUUCUUCACCACAGAUAGUCUCUGCCCGCCGUUCCCGGCUGUCAAUCGCCAGUUAAGGUCACUCGUGCUCUGGGUCCAUGUCGACGAAGAGAACCGUUCGGCGUGGGCCGAGCGGCUCAAAUCAAUCACCGCCGCCUUUCCAAAUCUUCAGAGUCUAACGUUACUUGCGCACAUGCGACCGCCGGACGAAUACGACAAGCUUAUCGAUGCAAUUGCUCUGGCGGUCCCCAUCGCCCGCUUCACCCAUCUGAGACCAGACAUGGAAUUGAGCCUCGUCUUUGAGUACACCUACCACGGUGUCAUGUUCGACAGUCCUUACCUCGGCGAGAUCACUACAGGCGAUGCUAUUGAUGAGCACGAACUGAUUGUGCGUGAUUUGGUCGAGGAUGACGCAUUCGUUGAAGCGGCUCUCGGCCUUGACGACGAGGAGAAUCACCAAGCCAUGGUGGCUGCGUUACUGAGGAUUGCCAGAGCACAUGAACAGUCUUGGUUCCAGAAGCUACAGCGCAAAAUGGCUGCCAGAGUCAUGCAGCUUGCAGAGCUUGCCACUUCCCUCGAACAGACGGGGCUGGAGGAAUGAUCAAUCCAGCAUGAACUAUGCGGUCUCAUAUCUACCACCGUUCAUGGCCCCUUGAAUGACCUGCAGACAGGCGUUAUAAAGAGGAAGUGUGAACCAGUCGCAAUUUCCAGUUGGGUACCGAUAUUAUUGGUCUCAAAAGAUAAAUAUAUCCAAUGAUUUAAAUCUAGAAAGUGGGUUCCCUGCAUAUUUGCGCGCCCAACCUUAGCCGCCUCGGCCUUUACUCUCCUGCACUGACAACAAUUUGUCUCCCCGUUCGCAAUCGUGGCAACUUGACGGGAAAGACAAGAAUCACCACAAUGAUGGAUGCCACCAAUGAGCAUAAGAAUGUUAUACGAAGAGAUGUGGCAUAAGCAUCAAUCACUAUGAAAAUUAGCAACCGGCCGAGGUCAGCUGUGGGGAGGAAAGGAUCGACUCACCUUGUCUUUGCAGUGGUUGGUCAAGGAAUCGAAUUGCUUGGACAGAAGACCUCACUUUCUGAAUGACUUGUGGGUCAGCCACCGUAUCUCGAAGCCUGAUCACCAAUGUGUUUUGAAACACUAGACUGGAAAUUGCAACACCCAGGACAACACCAAGAUUCCGCCACAGCCCGAUCGUUGUCGUUACAACAGCCUGGUCUGCUUGUUCAGCGACUGCCAGUGCACUCAUCAUCGUGUUUGGAAAGACAAAACCCUGGCCCAAGGGAACGCCAGUGAUGAGAAUCAUGCUCACGACCUCGGAUACUCCCUUGGUCAAGAAGCAGAUUGCCACUGACCCAACGAGGUAGAGCACAGCUCCAAAGACCAGUGUAGGCUUCAGACGCCUGGUAUAAGUGAUAAUAAAGCCGGUAGAGAUACCUGCAAACGAUCCGAUAAGACUAGGGAUGGCCAGGCGAAAUCCAG